GUAUGCGUAGUGUGUGACAAGUAUAUCAGUCGAGAUAUGAAAAGACAUAUGAGAAUCCAUAAUGAAAUUGGAAGGUUUCAAUGUGUGUUCCCCAAAUCAAUGUGCAAACAUAAAACUGGUUAUUUCAAUAGACCUUAUGAUUAUAAGAAGCAUUUACUCCAUUUACACUUUAAUUUCGAUGAUCCUAAGGGUAAAUCGGCACAUACUUUGGGUGACAAGUUGCCAGUACCAGGAACUUGUGCUGCUUGUGGAUUAAGAUUUGUUGCUGGUACCUGGUUAGAUCAACAUAUUCUUACAAAUGAUUUACAAAAGCGAUGCCGUUACGUGGAG